AAGACAUUUUGUAUCAAUUACCAAACACACAGAACCGAUGGAAGCUCCUAGAGGCAAUCUGAGAGCGGUGGCUCUUAUCGCCGGCGACAACAACGUCCGGGGAUGUCUUCAAUUCGUACAAGACACUUUCGGGACCACUCAUGUUACCGGGAAGAUCUCAGGACUCUCUCCUGGCUUCCAUGGAUUUCAUAUUCACUCUUUUGGUGAUACCACAAAUGGCUGCAACUCAACUGGACCUCACUUCAAUCCAUUAAAUCGAGUUCACGGGCCACCGAAUGAGGAAGAGCGUCAUGCAGGCGAUUUGGGUAACAUUCUUGCAGGAUCAGAUGGUGUUGCUGAAAUCUCAAUCAAAGACAAACAGAUACCACUUAGUGGGCAGUAUUCUAUACUGGGGAGGGCGGUUGUUGUGCAUGCUGAUCCUGAUGACCUUGGGAAAGGAGGGCACAAGCUUAGCAAAUCAACGGGAAACGCAGGCUCGAGAGUUGGAUGCGGUAUCAUCGGACUUCAAUCAUCUGCAGAUGCUAAACUGUAGCUUUUGAGUUCAAUGGACUAUCCAGAGCAGGGCCACACUCAGUUUUUCAUCAGUAGAUUGUACAUUAGAGACCAUAGUACGAAGUGAAAUUGUAUAUUGACAUCCUGUUACUGUUUAAGACAUGAGUCAUAAUGUAAACCAGUACGUAAUCUCCAGUUUUCA